GUUCGAAACCCUGAACCGUGUGCUCGGCACACUCGCAUUUUACUUGCUCCCAGUUAGGCCUCCUACCCGUUCCAACUCGGUCUCCACCUCCAUCUCUCACCUGGUUCUACCUUUACCUCUAUCUCAAGCCUGAGACGGCCUCGACGCGAGUAUCACCAGACCCGCGACGCGUGCUUAAGUGAAAGUAGGAUUUUGCUUUCUACUGUUAAGUGAGAAAUAUGUUGCACGGAGUUUUAAAAUGACGAGUAAUUCGACCACUAAAUCAGGGUGUAAUUAUUCGUUUAAAAAAAGUGCUUCCUUGGAUUCAACCGCGUUAAUAAUGCGAUUAAGAGAAUGAAGGCGUUAACGGGUCCAUCGAUGUAUCCGGGUACCACCUUCAGCUUAAGAUUUCUAUUGUGCGUUGCUCUGUUCUUGUCAUCUGUCCAUGGAAAUACCCAUCAACAAGAUGUUCACAGGACCUGGAAGAACUUCUCAAAAAUCUUAUUAUCCGCUAAUACAUAUGGAGAGAACGAUGAUCAGGCAAUAUCAUCGUCCCAUAAUAGUAGUGCGAAAUUACCGUUGUUGCUAGACGAGAACAAUGUGAUGCACACAGAUCAUUCGCUCGAGAACGAGGAUGACGAUGUUACUUACAGUGACGAGUAUGAACAAGAACCACAUCACCCCCCAGCUGAAUUAAAAACGAUGUUACGUCCGACAAAUCAACAGAAUUCAACGGUGUCCACCACACUCGCAGAAUCUUCGUCAGCUACCAACCAAGACAAUGAUUUCAGCGAAUACCCGCUGGUAGAUCCACACUAUGAGGAACAAUACGAUGCUUAUUAUUACUACGAGGACUAUGAAAACGACACAAAACUAGAGCACCCCGUUGAGAGUGCCAACGAUACUUCGUCGGCGUUAACCGACUCAGAUUUCACUACAGCCAAGUCUACUUUUCCAAGUACAGACGAUACGACGUACCAUUCGGCAUCUUCAGAUAAGUUCGAAGACUCUGAUUCAGACGAUGGUGAUUAUGGCACCUCGAUGGAAGGUAGCAAUAAACAUUACGUUGUAGCGUCAAAUCAUUCGGGCAAACUUCCGGACAAAUCAAUACUCAUUGCGGAGGCUGUUGUUUCUGUGGUAACAACGAAAAGUGUUGUGAACGGUACAUUUUCCGUUCCAGUAACUCCCUUACCCCGAACAACGGAGCAAAUUUCAUCACCACCCUCAUCUUCGGAAUUUAUGAACAACAAACACCUGGAAAGACACCAUACGACCGAAAACUCUAUAGUUCUUGCAUCGGUCCAGACCAGUCGUAGCAUUUCUGGAGCUAGAUUUCUUCCGUAUCCUGUUGUAGAGCAAGUGGAACAAGUAGCGCAGAAUGUCAAUGGAAACAAUAAAGUACCUAAUCAGUCUGAAUCCACUGAGAGUAUCAUUGAUAAAUUGGAUCGGGUGCAGUCUGGGCUAUACAACGGAUUUUUGACGAGUAGUUUCAAAAAUUCUGGUAACACGUUACAGCUAGAUGUACUCCAAGAAACGGAGCAGACCAAAAAGAGUAAAACCACAACAACAAGAACUCCUAUAAUCACUAAAUUUGUACCAGGACGCAUCUCUGCCACUAGAAAGCCGAUAACAUCUGUAUCGCCCAUUGUCCCAAUCAUCACAAAAUUCAGCAGGAGUGAAACAAGGUUGAACAAUACUAAUACUGCAACUGCCAAGAAUAUUUCGAGCAGGAUUUCUCAGCAGCAUCCAUCAGCUAAUAAGACAAGCGCGAUUCCAGGAGGGAAGGAAAAUAACGGAAAGCCGAAGAGCAUCGUAGUGCAAGACGUCAGUGCAUUUUUGCCACCCGGAUUUGAUUUGGCAAAGGCGAAGAGUGAACCGACAGAAAAAUCUAUCCUUGAUGAUAUUUUAUCUAAGGCUACAGUGGACGUUUCUGCAUUCUUACCAUCGGGCUUUCAGAAUAAACCCAAAAUUGAACCUGGCCAAGAAAAGAACGAGCAACUACCGGUACAGGACAUAUUCAAAAAAUCACAAGUAGAUGUCUCCUCGUUUUUGCCACCUGGGUAUAAACCAAAAUCAAGCACCGACGAUGUUAGUAAUACAUCUUCAAAGCAAUCUCGCCUGGAUGACCUAUUUUCUGCCUCAAAAGUAGAUAUUUCUUCCCUUUUACCACCGGGAUAUAAUCCAAAAACCAGUAGUAGCUCUUCACAGUCUAGCAACGAUGGUAACGACGUCAAAAAUUUGACCGGUCAGGUCAGCGCUACAACGCAAGCAACUCCAACGACAACAAAAUCUGGAGGACUGAAAAUAGUUUUUCCAAGCAGACCAGGUGGUCGAAAAGCUAUAAAUAGAAUAACAACUCCGUCUUCACACCAGGCGCCAGGCGCUUUUAAACCUGCCAUUCAAAAGGGUUGGCCAACAAGAGCAACAACAGAAUUCACAGGCUGGCCUACAUCUUCUACAACUCCCAUAUCAAUUGAAAAAUUGUUAGAAGCAGCACGUACAGCAACUGCUCAGCUAGACAAUAUGCCGAGUACCCCAAUUGCUAGCAUGACAUCGACUACGACUACUACGACAACAACUACGACAACACCUCGUCCUACUACACCCGGUACUUGUGAAGAAGAAUGCGAAUUAGCUGGAACCAUUCGCCUGGUCGGAAAUACAGCUUGGGUGCCAGAGUUGCUCGACAGCAAUACUAUUGAGUGGAAACAACUCGCAGAUAAAGUGGAGUCAGAGAUAGAAUCUGCUUUCACAAAAUCUAGUACCUUACGAAAAUGGUACAAAAAUAUAAGAAUCGAUGCAUUCAGCCAGGGCAGCAUACUGGUGGAUUAUUUCGUCGAAUUGAAUGACAUCGGUAAAAAAAUUGACACGCAAGAGCUCAAAUCCAUAUUCCAUGAGUCGUUGAAUACCUACACACCCAUUAAUGACAACAGUUCGGAGGUUGAUAAUCUACUAGUUCUAGGGGCCUUUACCAUUGAUCCUACAUCGACAGAUUUUGUUGUGGUACCGAAAUUUGCUGCGCCACAGUUGAUUGAUGACGAAAAUACAAUUAUACCGCAGUGGGCGAUAGCGGUGAUCGUUAUCGGGGUUGGCGGUCUGCUAUUCAUAAUAGUAUUUGGUGUUUCUGUUCUACUCAAUCGGCAGACUGUUACCAAAAUCAAACCUACAAUGCCUAUAUACGAUGAAGAAAUAGAAAAGAACAUAAUUCACAAGAAUCAAGCAGUUGCUGGACGUAGAUCCAUUGAUUAUCCAAAGGACGACUUGUAUAAUAUCGAAACAGAUUGGAAUGACAGAACCUUCGAUUCGACAUCAAAUAAGAUGAUGGUAGACGGGCCGUACGAUUCUUCAAGGUAUAAUUUAUACGACAGUUGGAAAUCCGAAUGGAAUGGAUACUACUACAACGCAUCCCAUGCAAGCAAUAGAAGCCCGGGUUAUGAAAGUACAACCAAUGUUUCACGGCAUCGUCCGAAUUAUGACACAGAUUUCUGAACUAAUGUCAGAAUGAGAUGAGCAUUCAAAUUACUUGGCACAAGAUGCAGAUAAAAAGAGUAUCGAACUACAACGUUGCUGUCACUUAGAUCUGGUUGCCUCACUAAAAGCUAUUGAAACUGCCAUUAUUCAUAUCUCAAUCAUUGGUACACCCCGAUUAAUGAAGUGAGUAAAUAUUUUUCGAAUGUGUUUAUUUACUGCACUCUCAUUAGCCACUAUGUUCAUAUUCAGUACAUGAGUAUAUGGAAUUUCUUGAAAUGCCAUGAAAAUCAAGAACCAAUCUGCCUCGUGAUCGAUGUAUUUACAUUCUCUCAAAUUAAACUGAUAUGACAAAUUUGA